GAGGGGUGAAACUAGGGCUGGGGUGGGGAACGCCCCCGCCCCCGUCCCCAUAUACUGAUGGAACGUCGCAUACUGGAAGACAGUAUGGCUGGCCCUGAAGCCUAGAUCCAAGCUGUGUUCUCAAGGGAUGGAAGGCCAGCAUUUCUCCUGUUGGUGGGAUGCCCCUCCCAAAUCAUGAAGAACUGUCCCUCAAGAGGUCCAGCUGUGUUUUUCUCUGGUUUCUUUUACAAAGUAGGUGAAAUUUUGGUGGUGGUUUUGCUGGGGAUAGGAGGAGUGGAUUAAUACCUGUGCACAGUGAUUGAGCUGACAGGGGACCAAUAACAGAGGCUUAAUUCAGAUAUAAUUGAUGUACUAUCAUUAAUAGGUGAUUCAUCUGCCUAGUAGAGUGGAUUUGAACCUGCUUUGGAGUGGAUUACACUUGGUCUAAAGUAGCCUUUCCUACCAUGGUGCCCUUCAGAUGUUCUGGAUGACAGUUCUUAGGAUUCGUGACUACUGGCCAUACUGGCUGAGACUGAGAUUGACUUCCUAAAUACCUGGAAGGCGCCAGGUCAAAUAAGACUACCCUAAAGCAUCAUGGUUGCUCGGAGACAACAGUGUCGUGGUUUUGAUGCUGGGUGAAGAAUUUCCCCUUUCAAGGUCAUUUUAAGAGCACUGGUGCUUUCAACUCUGUUUGGUUAAUGUAAGGUUUUACUCUUACUGGUUUUAUUGACCAAUUCAACUUGUUCUGCAGUUGUUUUAGUCUGCAUUGAUUGAUGUUGGAUGUUUAAUUUUUAACCACUCAAAGGACAUCUUUGAUUGGGUGGCAUGAAAAUGAUAUAAAGAAAUAAAUGCAAUUACAAUGAUUUAGAAUGUAUUACUUUGAUCUAGUUUCAAGUGCUUUUAAAAUCAGUUUUAUUUUAGACAAGGUUGUGGGUGUUUCUGGUUGUAAGGCUGCUCAGAUGGCCUCAUCCCCUUCCUCCAACAACCAGCAAUCUUUUGUUGUCUUUCAUGUCAUCAUCUCCAUUCUAAAAGUUUGAAAUGCUUUUUCCAAGGCUUAGUUACUCACAGCAAGAGUAAUUAUUGACACUACAAUAUAUUGAGUUAUUUAUUUUCACCCUUACCACUUGUGCUCUCUGCUCAUCACAGUAGUGUGACUCCCUCAAUUAAGAUCUCAGGCUGGAAAGUGAUACUCAGCUAUCACCAGAUAUACAGGAAACCUGGACUUUCCGGGUCACCCAAAGAGGACCAUUUUAAUGAAACUGAUCAAGCUGACAAGGGCUUCUGGGAGUGAAAGCUCCAAACAACUGGAGAACUGGCUUCUGACUACUCUUCCAGUAGGUAUGCUGGCAACACUCAGCAAGAAGCAGGUCUCAGAAAUCCCAGAGUGACUGUAAUUCAGUAGUAGAAUCAAAGUAAUGCCUUGUUCUCAAGGCACUUGUCUGCGGCCUAUGUUACUUUCUGCCCACAAGUGUCCUACAAGGUCCUGAAUUAAAACAGAAUGUGGCAUUGCUAAUGGGAAAGAGGAGAAAUAUAUUCCAUAAUUGGAAGUCAGCUUUGGUUGUAGAGUUAUUGAUCUGUUCCUUUUCCUACCCUACCAUUUUAUAGUUAGAUUCAUCAGUUGCGUUCAAUAUCCACAUCAUGACAAGCUAGUGAAAUUAUGUAUGGGUUCUGGCUAGAGCUUUUUGAAAAUGUCCUUUGCUCAUUUAAAAGUCAUGUUCAGACUCUUUUUGCGCACAGGAAGACAGUAAUUGUGAAGGGUGCAGAGGUAUGUGCAGCACCAUCUCCAUAAACCCCAGGCACACAAACGCAGUGCAGGAAUGUUUGCAAAGGGUUCCCUGUCCUCAUGCAGUGGAAUACGGUUGUAACCUUGCUUGAAUGUGGGGAGAACUCCAUUGCCAAUUUGUCCAAACAUUUGUGUUGCAUUACUAUGUACUGUAUUCUUCAUAUUGUUUUACCGCAUGCCACUUCGGGAUUGCAGUGAGCAAAGGAGAAAUCCCAGAAGAGUCUAAAUAAAUAGUGGCAUGAAAACAUGGCAGUAUGCCUCGUGCAUGCAUGAACUGGCCUAUUUUCAUCAGUGAAGUGCUGAUGGUUUUGUUGCAAGGACACACCAUGCAAGGGAGACUUUGCGCACACUAAAUUGGUUUUAGUAAAGGUAAAGAAGAUCACUGCUUGUUUGGGUUGCCUGUUUGACCAUUGAGUCAUCAGGAAACACAAAUGCAGUUCUUAGAAUGGCCUAAAACAGAGGAGAGAAGUUCAGGAAUGGUUCCAAUAUCACAAGCAGACCAACAGGAUGUUGUUCCAAUAAGACUUUAGGAGGGAAGAGUUUCCGCUGUGCUCUUAAAAAGUGUGGUAUUCUCACCUUUCUCGAUUUGUGUUUGUUGGGCUUCUCAUCGCAGAGCUUGCGAACUCUUUUGCAGAGCUUCUGUCCUGAAAUAGAGGGGAGGUGCAGAGGGAGGAGAUUUUUUACCCAAGUGCAAAAAGUUGUAUUCUGAUGUUAUGUUAUGUUAUUUGUGAAGUCGUGCCCGAGCCAUCAUGACUCCAUGGACAACACUCCUCCAGGCUCUCCUAUCCUCCAUCAUCCCCUGGAAUUCACCCAAGCCCAUGCCCACUGCCCCAGUGACUCCAUCCAGCCACCUCAUCCUCUGCUGUCUCCUCCUUUUGCCUUCAAUUGUUCCCAGCAUUAAGGUCCUCUCCAGGUGGACCUUUAUUUAAGUUUCAUCUUCAGUAUCUGGCCUUCUAAAAAGCAGUCAGGGUUGAUCUCUUCUAAGACUGACUGGUUUGAUCUUGCAGUCCAAGGAACGCACAGGAGUCUUCCCCAGCACCACAAUUCAAAGGCCUCAGGGAUUUAAAAUUCCCUUUACUUGUGCCACUGCUGCCAGAGGUGGCAUUGGCACUAGUGUUAUGCUUGAUGGGUGCUGAUCCUUCUUCACUCCUGCACACAGUGACAGUUGCAAGUCAUUCUGAGAGCAAAAGGCCAGCUGCCAACAGGCAGCCAUAAAUAGACACCCUGAUGCUGCCGCCUGUCUUUUCUACAAUAAGGAAGAAAUGCCCUACUGGGGAGGGGACACUUUUGCUUCCCCCCGCCCCUGGCUCAAAUUACAGAUUGUUCAAAUUGGUCCUGUUCCUCACUGUGUAUAUGGGGCAAAGGACUAGAGCUGUUGGUGUUGUGUACCCUUCCUGUCACCCUCAGGCCAUCACGAUUGCCACUAAAAUUACAGUGAUUUCAUUGGAAAAAUGGAUGCAUGGGAAGGAUACACCUUCCCGGAAGACAGGCUCAGUAGCUUCCUGGCAGGCUGUUGAGGCUAGGGAUGCUCAAAUCAGUAAAACUCAGGUUUGCUGAAUCUCUGCAAAUCCCAUCUCAAAGCUUGUUCUGACUUGAGUCAGGGUCAGAUUGUGAGCACUGGCUUUUUCUCUUUUCAAACAAUAACUCCAUGUAUACCUUUGUGUGCAUUUUCCCAAUCAGCUGAGCAUGUCUUUGAAAGGUGCACAUGCCUCUCCCACUGAUUAGAGCAUGUUUGUGUGCAGUUUUCAAUGUACGCAAGUGGCCGAAGCAUACCUUGGUCUGUAAAUGACCUUGGAAGCUUGCAAAGGCAUGAGUUUACACCACAUAUUGUCUCCAGUUUGAGGAAUCAAGGCAUGCAGGGCUGGCUCUUUCAUAUACCCUGUUUCUGUGCAGGCACAUGCUGCUAACAGCUAUUCAAAACUGGAAGCCAGAUCUGGCAAGUAAGCAAGAGGCACACUCCCUGGGACCCUUGUUUCUUUGUAGAACCACUCCAAUUUCAGUGGCAGCUAUUUUUGGUGUGGCCCCUGCAGGGUUUUGUAGUGGCCCAUGCAACCUGCCAACCUCUGAGGUUGCCAUGUCCUGAACUCAAGAGACAUUAUCCCUCUCUUGGGAUUCCAUCACAAAGAUGGUGGUCACCACAGGCAUAUUUAAGUCUGGGUCAGAUGGACAUUUUUCAUUAACUGAUGUCAUCCUAGCAUAUUCCAGUUCACUAGCUAUAGGAAAAAGCAAAUGUGUUACUUUCUACAAAGCAAAUGGUAAGGAGGACAGAAAAUUUAAAUUACAGGGUCAAGAAGGAGAUUCAAGGGAAGGAACAAAGCAGUAGCAGAGCUUGUGAUGCUGUAGCAAACCUCAAGCACAUUUCUUUUUUAUUUUCUUUAAAAAGUUUUAAAUUAAGGAGUUAUAAUGGCAACAAAGCAAACUGCAAAGUAUGUAAUAAAUUGCUUUAUGCAGAAUGAGAGAUAAAAUCCUCAAUAGUGCUGGCAAUCUAUAAAUGUUCAUAACUUGUGCUUGCUAUGUACCAUUAAUAGUUUACAAAAAUAUGAUUUGAGUUUAUUUGCCAGGGAGACUUGAGUCCCUUCAGACGGUAGUCACAGGCUGUAUAGUUCAGUGAUAGUUUGUCUCAGUGUUAUGCAAAAGCCUCCUGUCCUUGGAUACUGAAAUUAAAGGUCCUGUUUCUGACAGUCUUCGGAGUUGCUGGCAUGCAGGACCUGCCCACCGUGGGAUAAAAUGAUUCCGGUUUUGAACAAGUCACCACCCAUGUUUCACAACCAGCGGUGCUCCUUGAGCGGGGAUGACUUGAACAGGCAAUGGCUGAACCCUGAUCCAGUGUGCCAGCCCACCAUUUACCACACGAAGGGUCUCCUUUACUAUCUCAGCAUCCAAGGCCGAGCUCCAGUGGUGUUCUGUGAUUACCACGGCCAUUCUCAGAGGAAGAAUGUUUUCCUGUAUGGAUGCAGCAUAAAGGAGACCUUGUGGCAGGCGGGAUGCACAGUCGACACAACUGUUGUCACUGAAGAUGUUGGAUACAGGACCCUGCCAAAGAUUUUGGAUAAAGUGGCUCCCGCAUUCCUCCUGAGCAGCUGCAGCUUUCUGGUGGAGAAGUCGCGUGCCUCGACAGCCCGGGUGGUGGUCUGGCAGGAAAUGGGCGUGCUGAGGAGCUACACCAUGGAAAGCACCUAUUGUGGUUGCAGCCACGGUCUCUACAAGGGCCUACAAAUUGGGACUUGGGAGCUGCAAGAGAUGGGAGCCAAGUUCUGCCUCGGACUCCUUGUUCUGCAGCUUAAAUCCUUGCCGUGCCCCAAGAAGGUGAUGACACAGGCAGAGGCUCUGCUGGACCUGGAAGAAGAAAUGGCAGAUCUCCGAACACAAAGGUGCACCCUUCGAUCAUUUUAUAGAUGCAUGCUAAACAAAAAUCAAAUGUAUGAAGCAGCCUUGCAGGAGUUCUUAAGAGCUUGCAUAGGAGAUGGAGUGGCAAGAACUGCUCAGGGAUGGUCUAUGAGUAGACUGUCUGAAGAGGUAUUUCUCUGGAGGCAUUUAAGCAGAGGCUGGAUGGUCAUCUGGCAGGGAUGCUGCCUCUGCAACAACCAGAGACUGGGCUACAUGACCUCUAAGGUGCCUUCCAGCUCUAGGGGGUCUAUGAAUGAUCAUAUUGCCUACAAAGACAUAGAGCUGCUCCUGCCUUUUGCUCAAUUUGGCAGGUAAGUACAAGAAAAUAAGAGACCUCAUGCUGAGGAUUCAAUCAGAUGCACCCUUCCUUGGGAGUGAGCGCCACUGAACGCUACUUCUGAACAAACCUGCGUAAGAAGGCAUUGUGCAUCCCAAAUGUUAACUGGAUGGGAGUGUGUGUGGUAAUGGACCCUUCCUUGAAUUACAUAGCACCCAUUAUUACUAAAAUACUAGUUCAGAAAAGGGUCAAAUAACUGUCCAUUCAAACAGGUGCUGAAAUAGUAGCAAAGGUUAUUUUGAUUCUAUUGUUUAAGGGGGGUGCUUUCACUGCAGUCCAGAAGUGUAGAAAGGAACCAGAUCUCUUUAAGAGCAUGAACAUGAGGAGGAGGAGGAGAGGGAGGCAGAGGGAAGACAUAAUUCCUAAAUAUAAGGGACACAUUAAAUUACAAUGUUGAUCAUCACCUAAUUGGACAGGACUCACAAGUGGGUCAUGAGUUAGGAAUGGACUGAUUUUUUUUCCAGUUCAUUGUUUUAAUUUCAAUGUACCUAAUUUCACACUUUCAAACCAACAUGUCUACUGAGACUGACACUUCAUAGUUCAUAUGAUACUUCAUAGUUUGGACUUCUACACCCUUUUCAAUCAAAGUUCUGUAAUAAUAAUGGCUUUUACAAGUGUACUUUGUAAUUUAUUUUAGGGAAAAGUGCACAGAAAAGUCCAUAUAAAAAUAAUAUUCAAAAUACAUUCUCUUAGGAAAAUUACAUGAGAAAAGUGUGUAUAACAGACAAAGUGGAAUAGAAAAAUGGUGCAUGGAUUCAGAAAAUGCACAGAAAACAUGAACAGAUCUUCAUACCAAUUUUAAAGACAUUUCCAAAGUUUGGGAUGAACAGAACUUAAGGCUAGAAAAAUGAGACGGCAGAGACACAGAAAUGGAAGGAAUGACUUAUUCUGCAUUCUAUUGGCAUUAAAGAGCUUGGCAACAAGAGCAGAUACCUGUUGAUUCACUGAUUUACAUUAUUAUUUUAUGCUGUGAGCCGCCCCGAGGCUUCGGCAAGGGGCGGCAUAGAAAUGUUUUAAUACAUAAAUAAAAUAAAUAUUACAUGUAUACACCACAUUUUUUUCUCUUGCAUGAAAUCCAGGAAUACUUACCUGAUAAUUACCUGAAUACUUCUCUCCAGUUUAUCCUCAUAACAACCCUGUAUGAUAACUUAGGUUGAGACUUGGGUUUUGGCCCAAAGUUGGCCCAUUAACUUCAUGACUAAAUGGGGACUGGAACGUGGAUCUCUCAGUCCCAGAUCUUUGUAAAUUCUGUUAGGACUUGACCUGAUCUGCCCAUACUGUAGGAAAGGACCUAAGUAUCCACAAUAUUAAGCUUCCAAUAUAUUCCAAUGCCAUUCUUGGUUCAAAAGCCAGUGUGGCCUAGUGUUUAGAGUGUUGGAAUUGGAAUCAGGAGAUCUGGGUUCCAGUUCUCACUCAGCCAUGAAGUGCACCGGGUGGCUUUGGGACAGUUACUGCUGUUUUGCCCAACCUACCUCACAAGGUUGUGUGAGGCUAAAAUAGGUAGGAGGAGGACCAUAUAAGUCCCUUGGAUUUCUUACAAAAAAUAAAAUAAAAAGUAGGCUAUAAUGUAAUUAUAGAAAGAAAUGCAGCAAUAUGCAGAUAUCUAGGUGACUUUAAAGAUAUUUAUUUUGAGAGAAAAAUGCAAUAGAUUCUACAUUUAAACUUAAUAUUGAAUGUUUGGAUUCCAUCUUUUAAAUUAUAGGUAUGUAGAACUGGGAUGGGAUGGCAUAUGUGAAAGCAUGCAAAAGUGUUAUGAACUAAAGAGCGUUCUUUGUCUAUAAACAGAUGAUUUUUAACUAGGUUGAUUCAUUCAUCCAAAGGAGCUGAAAGGCACCAGGCUGCUCCAACAGUGAUGUUACAUUGGUGCUCUGUGGCCAGCAAUGAAGGAAAUCAACAGAUAUCAUGAGGAAUCUCCUCCUGCCUGAGACCAUCUGUCUGUCCAUUUACUGAAAAACCUCCAUUUCUAGGGGUCUUAAGGAGGGCUGGGUGAGAAUUUCUCUCUGUUCACAAUCCGACGGCAGCUCUGAGCUUGCCAAAUGCCCACCCAAAUCCAAACACAGUCACACUCUGAAAUCCACACUUUUCUGAACAUUGCAAGCAUAUUCGUUGAUGGGAAAAAGCAACAGUGAAUAUUAGGUGGAAGACAUGUUUGCUCAAUAUGAAUGUUAGAGAAAAUGUAUAGAAAAUCAUUGUAUGCAAUUAUUGAGGUGGAAGAGGCAUGUGUACAUUUGGGAAAAAAUGCACAAACAUGGCCAUUAGGAGAAAUGCACAUGAAGCAUUUGAGUGGUCAUGUGGGUUUUAAGGACAUGACACCUCCCUUUAAUUACAAUGAAAAUAGGGUGGCAUUUUUGUAACUAUGGGAAAGAACUUGGCAGAACAGCCCAGCUCUAAUUUCAUGUCAGUUUGCAUACCUUUCUAAAAAGAAAAAUGCCAUCUAACAAAUUACAGAAUAAGAAAGUAUUUACCCAGGAAACAAAGAAAUUGAUUGGCCCAUUAAAAUACAGUAUCUAUGCAAAAAAGAAUGAUUUGAUGUGUUGCCAAAAAGAAAGCCAGACUGGAAACAAUCUACCCUGUUCUCUUGGAUACCCAGAGGAAGUUCUUCUCAUGUUCUGCUUCCAGCACCUUUAAAAACAAGCAAGCACGCAAGCUCAUGUGUGGUUACCUGAGAUUAGACCUUGGGCUUCUGCAAGCAAACCAUGUGCUCAGCCAUUGAUCCAUGCCCGUUCUUGUAAUUUCUUCUAAAGCUAUGUUCCAUGCCAAACAGGCAUACCCCUGCAUAUCAAGGGAAAGGGAAAGAAUUUUGAUUGUGGUACCAGUAAAUUUUCGCAGGGUGGCACCACAUAUCUCUGUUAAACUAUACUUGAAAGAAGAUGUGAUAUGAAGCUGCUAACCAAGCCCCUGGGAUGGACCCAAAUAUCUCCCAAUGGUGUUUGUAUAAUGCAUGCAAAAUUGUAAAACCUUUGGAAUGAAUGCAUCUGUGGAGAUCCAUCCCCCUUGCUCCCUGCUUUCUACUUAAUGAUUUUUAUUGCCCUGGAUGCUUAAUAAUUCCAGAAGUGUCCUGGUUUUAGAACAAAGAGUGCAAAUGGCUUUUUCCUCAUUUAGCCUUGGGUAAAUGGGUCCAGAGUGGAGAUUAAUAGGCUUGGAAAUGUGUUUUCUGUUCCACAGCUGGUAAAGGAAAUCUGGUGGCACUAAAUUAAUCAUGAAAUGGACUCAAAGAAAGGAAAGGAAUGUGAGUGUGGAUUAAACUCAUGAAUUAGGUCAGCAGCUGAGUUCAGAGCAGGAUCUUCCACAGCUGCAUCUGGUCUGGUAUGACUGCCAUAUGAUUGCAGGGAUGCCAUUGCAUUAUCUUCAGGUGAGACCGGGAGCUAUAGUUGAAUCCUGGUAGUGGGUAAGUGAUGGAAAAAUGAUGCACUUUGGUGCAUGUGAGGGAAAGGAAACUAAUAUGCUGGAGUGUAUUUGGAAGGUAUUUGUGCUGGAAUUCUACAUUCUCAGACAGAUUGUUCACCACUUUUCUAACAUUUGGUCUAAUCAGAAGUGGUGUGGAAGGGGAAGCACCCAAACACUCUUGGAUGUUGCCAUGCACUGAAGAGCCAUUGAUAAGAGUGAUAUCUGCUUCCCAAUUCUUUGCACACAAAUUGGGCUAAUAGGCCCAAUCAGGCUAAUAGGCCCAUUUGUCCUGAAGGGCAAAACCCAUUUCUGCUCAAGGCACAUUGUGUGAAGCUGUGAGGUACAACAGCUUCUAAACCCUAGAAAGUCUCUCACUGAGGAACCCAACAGGUAUUUUGGACUUGGAACAAAAACAUCAUCACAUUGCUUUGUUAAUAAGCUAGCGGGAUGCAUGAUGAAUGCUCAUGAAAGGAAGAUCCUAUGGAUUAAAGAAUGGCCCCCUGCUUUCACACCCCCUCCUUGCUUUUCAAUAGAAGCCAGCAUUUCAGCAAUCAAGCUGCACUCUGAAAAUGUUUUGAGCUGUGCUCUCAACUCCUUAGGAUGAUGCGUGGAAUUGGAUUUUUUUCAGGCUGGCUGGCAUGAAGUCAAGUGUUUGCAGGGCUGCUAAUCAUCAACUUUCAGAACCUACUGACCUCCAUGAUUUUCAGUCUGAUUAACCUCCCAAAGUUGCAGAAGCCUUUGUGUUGUAGCUAUUCCCAGUAUGCUUAUGCUUGCGGAUGGGAAAGAUAGUAUAUUGGGGAAAAUGCCUUUCAUAGCUGAGAAAUAAGCAAAGGUUCAAAGAAAGAGUUCAAUGUAUCAGAAACCAAAUCUCUGGGCUCCCCUCUGGUUCUAUUGGUGUUCAAUGAGUCUGAGGCAGCAGUUUUCAAGCAGUGCUCAACCUCAGCAGGUGUCCCUGAAGAGGCAGGUCACUAGUCGUUAGGGAUGGUUGGUUUGCUUUAUCUUUGAGGACAGUGUGACCUGAUCUGCACUUGCGCUGACUUGAUCUGCACUUUGGAACUUAGUUUGAAGACCUGCUCCAGUGCAGUUCUUGGCUAAAAAGAGGGCAUCAAAAGAGAGUGUUUUCAUGUAAGGUGCAAAUUUGGAGAAUCUGUGUGUCUAAAAAUACAUAAUAAAACAUACAUUUCAAUGCUAACUUCCAAGCAGAUUUAAAAACAUGCAGAAGUUUAUACAGUCCAGAAACAGACAAGUUGACUCACUCCUUUGCUGGUUCUUUCCCUCAUCUUCAUGUUCCUUAGCAACAACUAUUCAGAUGUAAUGCAUCAUGACUAGUAGCCACUGAUCCUCCACAAAUCUACCUAACCCCCUUUCCAAUCCGUGCAAGUUGAUAGCCACCUCUAGGAGACAUUUGGCUGCCUCAUGUUCUUUAAAAGAUGAAGCAAAUUGGAAUCAUGAAGGCAGCACCCAAAGCAGAAACCAAUCAGGGCAGUCCUGAGGGGAAUGCACAAGCCAAUACAGCAAGCAGAUACAGAUGUCAGAAUUGAUGGAAGGAUAAUGCAGUGGCUGAAUCACAGUUCCCUAUUUUGAAUCUUAUCCCUGCCAUGAGCCUAGCCAGAUCCAGGUUGAGAAGGUCUUCAGCAAAUGGGUUGGACCCCAAUGUGGCUUACCUGUAUGUGGUGGAUGCAGCAGCAAGUCAAAAGCUGCCAUUUUAAGUACCCACCACAACCCUAAUAAUUGGCAGCCCCUUGUCCUGGUCACUAGAAACAGAGCAGAUGACCAGGAUAUGGGUGGAGGGGAUAUAAACAGUGGGCUUUUCCAGGACUACCUGAGUGUCCUGCUUGCUGACACUUGGGUAGCAAAGAGCAAAUGAGCAAAACCCGAGCUCACAGAGUUGUCUGAAUUUGGUCUCAAAGUUCAUUCCAAUCAAAGUCAUCAGCAUCAGCAUCAUUUCAAGGCUAUACUGCUGCAUAACCACUGCUCUCUGAUUGUGGCCGUGCUUAUUUUCCAAAUGCAUGCAUUCAUUGUGCACAUCAUGGAAAUGAAUGCAUUCUUCAUUCAGCAAUUAGAGCAUAUGUAUGCAGAUUUUGUUAAAGUACACACUUUUCAUGUGCAUUUUUCAGAUGCUGGAUUGCCUCCCUCCCACGCACACACAUGAAUCACAUUGCAAGUUCUGAAAUGUACAGACUUUGACCACAGAUUGUAUCCAGGUCCAUGUUCAGUCCAGAACAUGUGAACUGGGUGAUUUCUGAUCAAAAAUGAGCUGGAAUGACUUUCUUAUACCUCCCUAAACUGCCCUGGGCCAUGAACUCAUGGGAACCCUUCAAGCCACGUUCAGUGAACGCAUGAAAAGUUGAAGAGAGGAAGAUAACAUCUUCUGAAAUAGCCCCUUGGCCACCAGAUCCCUGCAGAAAGUGCACACACACGUUUCCUGACCCUGCAUGCAGUUUUAAUGUGCACUGAAAUGAACCCAAACCAUCUGCAGAAUGAGUGGAGAUGGGGGAUCACUGGGUUGUUCCCACUCUCCCUUCCAAGUACCUUAUGGAUGGAGCUUGAAGGUAAGAAUGAGGGUAAGGUGGUCUUUGGCAAGACACAGUCUCUCAACCUGAACCCUGCAAGUACAACAGAGGGAUAAUAACAUGAAGAGAUUACAGAAGUGUAUGGAAUGUUAGAAAGAGCUAUAUGCUUGCUGCCUCACAUUAAUAGCUUCCUGAUGGAUUGUGCUCCUUGUUUUAACUUCAGUUAACAUAGAUCCUGUUCUAAACAUGGCUAGAAGGAAGCAGAAGUUGAUGUGGAAAUAGAAAUGCACAGUGUGGAAGUACAACUGCAUAAUUUACUGCUAGAAUGCGUGCUGCCAUCCAUCAUACCAUGUGAAACUGCAGAGUGGCAUACAGAAAGAGACAGAGGUGGAAGCACCAAGGUAGAUUUUGGUGGGCUGCAGUUCAGGAUUAUAAAAAAGUUGCAUAGCUGUGGUGAUUCAAGGCUGGCUUUCAGCCAACCAGACAGAGAAGCUUUUUAAAAGUUGGUUCUGAUUCUCUUUUAAUGCACAUAAUUGAUGAAGAUACUCUGCUUGUAUCUAACCAUUUGCUACAACCAGAAUGCUAUGCUAGAGGUGCAAGCUUUGCUCUGUGUCAAAUAGACUCACAGAUGGGGAUCUACACAGGAGCUGAGGAAGAGAUGCUGGUGAGCUAUGAAAUUUUGUGAGCCUCUUUGCUAGGCUGGUGUAGCACAAAUGCAUCUUUAACAAACUCUAACAAACAGAUGCUUUUUCUUUUUUAAUGAUGAGGCAUGGUGGCUGACACGCAGCCCAUGCAAGAUCAGGGAGAAUUAUUUAUUAGCCUGUUGAAACCAAUAGGAAGUUUUGCACAAACUUCAAUAGGUUCUGAAUCAGAGCCCAGGAAUGUGACAGAUGAAAAGAAGAUUUCAGUCCUUCCGUGCCCCCACCCAUCUUGCCUUCAUAUUUCAAGGUGUUUUGAUUUUCUGAUUCUCUCAUCAGGCUUUUGUAACUAAUCAUGUUUUGUACCUUUCUUAUGGUGAGGCAAACUCUGAACUCCUGACUGCAAUUUAGAGAAUAAUAACAUCUGAGAUGCAUUGCAGCCUUUUAACUUGUAUGCCAAGGGGGAGGAAGAGAAGUGGGAAGAAAGACAAAUAGUUUUCUUGGGAUUUUGUUCAGAGUACCUUCAGGGAAGUUGCUGGCAUAAUUGUAAGUCCACUAUGUUGUCAAAACAAAGAGUAAUGGUAAGAAAGGGAAUGCAGUUUGAAGCCAAACAUGAGGAAGGUGGGGAAAGGCAGUGGGGAAGGCUAGCUAGGAGGUUUGAUUUCAGGAGUUUGAUGUUCCAUUCCUACUGGCCUUGGCCAAAACUUUGCUGAGCGGUUUGGUGGGCACUCACAGGUAUCUACCUUUAUGGCAACGGGCAAGACCAGAGGGCUGUUCCUCAUGGGCUGGACAGUUCCCAAGCCAGCUUCUGAUUUGCUUUUGGGACCACUCUAUCCCAGCGACUUGGAGCAGCAGCACAGAGCCAUGGUGACACAAGAAAGCCCCUGUUUUGCAUUGAUGUGCAGCCCAGGUGAAGGGGAGGCACUAUCCUGCUCUUUAGCCUGAGGCUGAGUGGCUCACCCACAAGGCAGGCAAGAGACUCACCACGGUUGUGGGAGGUGUUUCCAAACUUGUCCUACAACUCUGGGGUGGGAUGGUGCUCCCAUAAGUAAAGAGACUAGCUUAGUUGUGGUGAGCCGCCCAUAUUUCCACCAUUCCUUCUCCAUUGGCAAAGAUAACACCUUUGGCAGACCAACGUGAGACAGGUGGAAAAACGGGAAGAAGGGCUCCAAUAUGUAGUGUCAGAUUAGGAAUUUUGAGUUCUGCGUUUUCGCUUUUUCUGUUUGUUUGGACAAAAAAAAUGCUGACCACUGGAAAUGGUGUGGCAGGGACCACCCUCUGGGUGUUCUGUCAGUUUCUCAGAAAAUGUCUUUGUCUGUGAACUUACAAAUAAACUAACUGCCCUCAAAUAAAGACACAGGGAAUUUGCUCAGCUUGCAUGUUACUUGCAAGUGAACCUUUCAGAGUCAAACCGUUCCAUGAACUGGAACACUGUAAAGCAUUUAUGCAUGUAUUUUCCCACUUGAAUGAAAUGCAAACAAAAAUAUUGUUUGUUUAUUGCAUUUCUGUAUCACCCAAUAUCAGUACAAGGCAUAUACAAUUCACAAAAAAGUGUGUCGAAGUGUGACUGUUGCAGAGAAAUCUGCAUCAGUGCUUAAUUUUAAUGACGAGGGAAUUGAAAAUACACGCAGAAAGGUUUCUAAUGUACAUACACUUUGCGAAAUACAGAUGAAAAUACAUGCACGUUCUCAUAUAGACUUGCAAAAACUCACACCCCAAUGUGAAAGGGUGACACAAAUUUAGAUCUGGGGGAAAAAUAAAAGCAACUAACUUGACAGAUUUGUCCAUCUCUAACAGAAAGUAUCGUACGCAGGUUAGCAUGUUGGGUUAGGACCAGGUUUAUCUCCUUAAUCUUGAAACUGACUGGGUAACUUUCAGCCAGUCACACUUUCAUCCUCCUCCUCCCUUUUCCCCAUCUAACCUUUUUCACAGGGUUGUUGUGAGGAUAUAAGAGGUGGAGAUUGCUAUGCAGUAUCCUGCUGAGAAAAAAUGGUAUCAUGUAAACACAGUAAAUAAAUAAAUAAAUAAAUAAAUAACCAAGCAGAACCUCCACAUCUUUUAACUUUCCUCAGCAUUACUGAGGUCUACUGGUAACCUCCAAUUCCAUCUUGAUUAGCACAUUUGUUGAAUUUCAGUGGUGAUGCUAUUAGGGAAGUGGCUGAACAACCCCCCAACCCCCCCUCACUAGUCUUACUUGUGUU